AUGGCUGGUAAAGCAAUGUCAUCUACCAAAAGGGCCGAGAAGCAAAGCUCAGAUCUUUCUCGCGUAAGAGAUAACCAACGCCGCUCCCGGGCCCGGCGGAAGGAGUAUCUGGAAAGUUUGGAAGUCAAGUACCGGCAAUGUGAGCAGAGUGGUGUCCAGGCAUCAGCGGAGAUUCAGACGGCUGCUCGGCGAGUGCUGGACGAAAAUAGACGAUUGAGGCGACUGCUGCAAGAGCAUGGCAUCCAGUCCGGCAAUGUAGAUGAGGCAUCUGCAAGAAGGAGUGCUGCUGAUGAGCUCGAAAGUUUGCUCAAGACGAGACGGGAGUGUUGUGAGGGUUCCUCGUACUCUGAGAACGACUCGCGAUCGUCCCAUCUCCCACCCCUCAACACAUCCUCACAUGGCUUGCCAGACGAUACGACGCGAGAGCGUUCGUACGUACCCAUGGUCGCCAGAGCGAAUGCUUUGGUUUCCUUCGGCGGCAGACCUGGAUCCAGUGAUCGCUACCCCGGACAUCUCACAUCGACUUUGCAGUCGUUACGCGCCAUGCCUCCUGCUCAAACAAUGCAGGAUGACAACCCUACAACCACUUGGUCGAACAGUCUCGAGGAAACGCUUACGCCCAACACACCACCUCCUACAACAUCUCUCAACGCUACAGGCACAACAUCCUGCCGCAUAGCCGCAACAUCGAUCCGCAACAUGCGACCCCUCUUGCGCUGCGACAUCGAGACCGAACUAGGCUGUCACAACACUAGCGACGACUGCACAGUGCCGAACUCGCACGUCUUCCAAGUUAUGGAACGGUGCGCCAUGGAUGGCUGA